AUGUUAGACCAUUCUAAAACGGCGGUAAAAGUAAAGCAUCCCGGCGACCUUGACCGGUUAAAAAGCCAAAGUAUGAAAAAUGAUACAAAAAAUUUGAUUGCUGGAAGCUUGUCCGGUUUUACUGUCCGUUUCCUUACUCAACCAUUAGAUGUUAUAAAAAUUCGCUUUCAAUUACAAGUUGAAGAUAUUAAGCCCUCAGGAAAAUCAUAUUACACUGGCCUACUACAGGCAUUUAUCCGUAUUUACAAAGAAGAAGGUGUAUAUGGUCUGUGGAAGGGUCAUGUGCCAGCACAAUUUCUUUCUGUUACAUUUUGUGGAGCACAAUUUGGGAGUUUUUAUGCCAUUGAAAAUUUACUAGUCAACCGAAUAAAUCUUAGCUCAUCAUCUGGAUGGGUACAUGAUAUGAUAGCCGGUAGUGUAACUGGUCUGAUUGCGUCUACACUAAGUGAACCAUUAGAUGUAAUGAGGACACGACUUAUAGCUCAAGGUAAAAAUCAGAUUUAUUCGGGCUUCUUAUAUGGUAUACGUCAUCUUAUUCAUGAAGAAGGUUUACUUGGCUUAUGGCGAGGACUUGGACCAUGUCUUAUGUCAGUGGUGCCACAAACAACUGUUUAUUUUACAGUUUACGAACAAUUAAAACGUUCUCAUAUUUUAUUCAAAUCAAAAGAGAAUAUCCCUGUAAAGCACAGAUCUGCUUCUUUGGAUAACGAUGUUAGUCAUGAAUCAUCAUUGGAAACUGAUCGCCAUCCUCACCAACAGUUAGACUGGCAUUUUCCACUUUGGGCUGGUGGAUUUUCUGGUCUCUUAGCUAAGACAAUUGUGUAUCCUCUUGAUUUAGCUAAAAAACGUUUAGAAAUACGUGGAUUUGAAAAAGCUCGUUUAACAUUUGGUGAAUUGCCUAAAGGUUAUACAUUGUCCACAUAUAAAAAUAUUAAUUUCAAACGAUUACACUGUAAACAAGUUUUUGCUUCAUUCUAUUGUUUAAUAGAUAUUUUUAAAGAACAUGGUUUGUAUGGGUUGUAUAAAGGUUGGAUACCAUCAGCUUUAAAAGCUACAUUAACGACAGGUUUAAUGUUUUGGUUUUUUGAACAAUAUAGUUGUUUAUUAUCUUAUUGUUAA